AUGCUUUCUUUUUUUCAAUUUUCUACUUUUUUUCCAAAACAAAUAUCUCCAUUUAUUUUAUUCCAUUUAAUAAUCUAUCUCUGUAUAUUUUUCUGUUUCCAUCUCUUUCUUUUCCAAAGCAACUAUUUCUUUCUAUUUUUCCAAGCAAUUAUUUCUUUCUAUUUUUCCAGUGAAAUUUGUGUUCUUAAACCUUGUUUCUAUUUUUCUCUCUUUUCCAGAGCAAUUAUUUCUUUCUAUUUUUCCAGUGAAAUUUGUGUUCUUAAACCUUGUUUCUAUUUUUCUCUCUUUUCCAGAGCAAUUAUUUCUUUCUAUUUUUCCAGUGAAAUUUGUGUUCCUAAACCUUGUUUCUAUUUUUCUCUCUUUUCCAGAGCAAUUAUUUCUUUCUAUUUUUCCAGUGAAAUUUGUGUUCUUAAACCUUGUUUCUAUUUUUCUCUCUUUUCCAGACUUGUUAUCUUUUUCUUGUCUCCUCUCAAGUAUAUAAGAAGAGCAGAAAAAGUAAAUGAAUUAACUUUACUUUUUCAUGCCUUAUUCCUUUUUUCUAUUUUUAUUCUUCUUUUUCUCUCCUUUUCUCUUCUUCCUCCUCUCUUUUUCCUACACUGUUUUUACUUCUUUUCUUCUGUAGUUUCUUAUUUUCUUUUUCUCCUCUUUUCUUAUUGUCUUCCUCUCAUUUUCGUUCUCUACCACACCCUUAUUUUCUACUGUCUCUUUCUUCAUUCUUUUUUCCCCUAA